UGACAGAUUGACGACAUACAUAUAACCUAGAAAUUUCUACAUGGUGCAAAGGUAGUGGUAUGGUAAUAAUGGUAUUUGGUAGCAUUAAAUUACCAUAAAAGAAAAAAGCCGCUACCUACAAAUACUAUACUAUAUCAGAAACCUUACGUCAAUUAUUAGUGCAUUUAUGUUUAUUGAAGCAAAUAUUUUUCCACUUUGGUUCUGAUACCACGUUGAAGUCUCAUUUUUAUUUCAUACAUUUAUAAGUUAGGCGAAACUGUAAUCAUUACCAAAAUGAUUGAUCGCAUUAACAAAGAUUUGCUUCCUAUGAAAGCUCACUAUUUCCUGUUUAAUGCAGGAACAGGACCAGUCCAACCUUUUCUCUCUACAUAUGCAAGACAGCUAGGAUUUUCAUCAGUGGUUGUAGGAGUAAUUUACACUAUAUUACCAGUAAGCGGAAUGCUUGCUAAACCCAUCGUUGGUGCUAUAGCUGACCGCUUUAGGUGCCAAAAAUUAAUGUUUUUGGCCGCACAACUAUUAACGGCAGCUGCGUUUUUAGCAAUAAAUUUUUCUCCAGAAAUCCCGAAAGAUCAAAGAGUGCACUUCUCCUGUGACGGUGAUGCAGUGUUUGACACUUCCAUCAACAAGAAUCCCAAUAUUGAAGAUUGUCUGAUAAACAGUCUUCAAAACAGACUCGGAACUGUAGACUGUCAACUUAGUUGUGCGAUGGAAGAACAGUUUUGGAAAGUGAUAGCCAGCAACUGGAGUCUGCCAGAAUACGAAACUAAUCAUCCAGCUACUUUAGAUUUUACCGCUCAUGUUAACAUUUCAAAGACUACUAAAAUGGAAGAUGUUGUAUACUUUAUGUUCAAACAUGUGACGCUGCCGAAUGGUCAACAGCGGGAACCUUUGUGUACUUGCGGAAACGUUUGUCACAUAUCGACAACGUGCAACAUAAAGUGCAAUGAUUUUGACGUCAAUAGUCUUGUGUCGUCGGCGUCCGUUAGUGAUGACGAUGUGUAUAAUAUGUACGAGUUUUGGAUCUUUCUCGUUCUGAUGAUUAUGGGGUGGAUUGGACAAGCUAUUGCUGUUAGUAUUGGAGAUGCCAUUUGUUUUGAGUUGCUAGGUGACAAACCAAACAGGUACGGAUACCAACGAAUGUUUGGAGCACUAGGAUGGGGAAUAUUUUCCGUUAUAUCAGGUGUGAUGGUAGACUCCCUAAGCGAAGGCUCCUCCACAAAAAAUUUCGAAGCGGCGUUUUAUUUAUCUUUCGCAUUCUUACUUCUAGAUUUCACCGUAUCAUCCAAAAUCAAAAACGUACAAAAAACGCAAUCAACCAGUAUUCUCAAAGACAUUGGUCGACUGUUAGUAGACUUCCGAAUUAUCGUCUUCUUAAUUUGGUGCAUUGCGGUGGGGAUGUGUACCGGUUUGAUCUGGAACUUUUUAUUCUUUUUAAUAGAAGAUUUAGCCAAGAAUCAAGGAUGCGAUUCGCAAACGUGGAUCAAAACGCUUGAAGGGAUUGUAAUGGCCAUAGAGACAUUGGCGGGUGAACUGCCAUUUUUCUUUUGGUCUGGAAGGAUUUUGAAGAGAAUUGGGCACAUAAAUGCGAUGUCACUCGUACUUUUAGUGAUCGGGAUAAGGUACAUUUUGUAUUCUGUUAUUCCCGAUCCGUGGUGGUUUCUUCCCAUUGAGUUGUUGAACGGUUUGACUUUUGGAUUGUUUUAUGCUUGUAUGGCCUCAUAUGCUAGUAUUGUGGCACCGCCAGGGACGGAGGCAACAAUGCAGGGUCUGGUCGGCGCCGUCUUCGAAGGUGUAGGUGUGUCUCUGGGAAGUCUUACAGCUGGAGUUUUAUAUGCACAAUACGGAGGACCUUGGACGUUCAGAUUGUUCGGUAUCGGAGCCCUUAUAGUGUGUUUAUUGCAUGCCGGUGUUCAAUAUUUAAUUAGACGAACAGGUAAUAAAGGUUCAGAUCAUGAGGCUCAUUACACAUCGCCUGCAGAAGCCCUAAACACACUGUAUGACGAUCAGCAGGAACUGACAUUAGUUGAAUAACGGUUUAUUAUCAGUCAUCACCAUCAAACUUCUCAUGGAGUUUACUACUAUUAAUAGUAUACUGAACAAUCAACAAAACAACUCCUUAUAAAGGUGAACGUGAACAGUCACAAUUCGAAAUAAUACUGCGUUAUUGUUAAUAACAUUGGUAAGUUAUGCCGUUUUAUGGGUCGUUGUUGAAAUUAAUUUAUUCGUACAGAAAAAUGUUUGCUGUAAAGGCUCUAAUAUGAUAAUUUAUACAGACCGUUAUAAAACAUUACAAUAUAAAGUAUAAAAACAAAAUAUGUUUGAGCCAGAUUAUGUGUGUACUUACUUAAUGCACUGAUGUUUUAUAAUGAUCACAUUCUAAUACAAACUGGUCUCGAAAUAUGACGAAAAUCGAAUAAAUUUUCAAUUGAAGUAGGCUGCAAUCGUACAAAAAGUGAGAGAUUAGCGCCUAUUUAAAUUGAAAACACUUUCAUUUCUGUUAUGUAGUAGGUAUGUAUUUAAGUAUGGAAGGCUCAGGGAACAUAUAAACUUAACUUGUCAUAAGGCCUAUAUUUUAAUCUUGUUAUCAUUUUAAAUGUAAGCAUAGACUGCCUAGAUUCUCCUUUAUCUGACCUUGAUGAAUGUCAAGGUUACUCCAUUGUUACAUUUUUAUGACGAAAAUAACGAAAAAUGAAAACAUAUUUUUCAUACAUACAAUGUACGCUCAAAGAGAUAAAAGGCAAAAGCCUUGACAUAUAAUUUAAAUAUAGACAAUUGUGAUAAAAGCUUGAACGAAGUAUUUAUUGGGCAUAAUAAAAAAAUUAGCCUUAAGCAGUAUUUAAUUUAUUCCAUUGUUCCUUUAUAGAUAAGUUUAUUUUUAAUUGUAAUUAUACUUACUUGUUAUGACUUUGUAACCCCUUUUCUGUUUCCAAUAUCUUUAAAAUUGUUGUUUAUUUUACUUACCAUUUUUUCAAAUUUACUACCACUUACUUACCUGUAUCUAUGUCAAACUUACUGUUUUAUUAAGUUUAAUUAGUCAAGGUUUUGUUUCUGUUAUGUUUGUACUUUUUUGUGUAAAUUAAAUGGUUACGUUAUCAG